UCACGGCAGAAACUCCAUCAUAAAUGAUAUUAUGUAUGUCGAAAAUUCAUGCUUUUUGGUAGUCUUUGGAGUACUAAUAUUCAAAACCCACUUAGGCUAUCAUCGUUGUUUUCCUGUUUAUCGAGACAAACUGCAAUUUGCGAGCCAUCAGCACACACCAAGAGAACGAACCCUGGCCGACGGGAUUUAAGUGUCCACAUCCUCAAUUGUACGGACCUAUUCUUAGUUGCCCUAGAUUGGUCGUCCCGUCUCGUGCUUGCAAUUGAGCACCCGCAGCAGAGGCAUUGUCUUUGUGAAUGAUCUUACUACACUACUGUGUAGUAAUUUCGCACCCACCGGGUCUCACUCGUCGUUUGGCGCAAAAUCUCAGACCAGUAGGAAACGUUCCAUCCAGCUAGCGAUCGCAAUUGGUACAAAUUGUUUCAAAUCGUAAUCCGGGGGCGAAGAUGCCCGGGAUUUCGCAAUUCUAUAAAAGCUAGUCCCGUUAUGCGCGGUGCGCUCAGUUUUGCUACCGUAGUCAUAGUUAGCCAACAUGCUUGGCGGACGUUGUCGGAUGUCGCGUUUCACGGUUCUGCUACUUAAUACGAUUCUGGCCAGUUGCGGUGGACUAUGGCUGCGGAUGGUCGACGGUCAGUCCGUGUGUGGAAUUCGGCAGACGAAGAACGAAUCCGUGGUGGACGGAGAGCAAAUCGGACCGGGCGAGUGGCCUUGGCACGUGGGAGUGUACUGGUGGAAGGGUUCGAAGCUAAACCCGCCGGACAGGGUUUGCGAGGGAGCACUGGUGGACCGAGAAGGAUGGAUUCUGACGGCGUCCAAUUGCUUGAAGAGUAGUGAGGGAGAUUUGCUGGAUAUGAAGGGAAUGAUCGUGCACGUGGGGCUUGUAGCGUUGCAGCAGAACACAGAGAAAUCCCGAAGAUUUCACGUGGAGAAUGUAGUGCUGAAUGCCGAGUUGGAUUUGGCUUUGAUUCGGCUGAAAGUGUACGACGAGUGGGAAGGCAUGCCGAUUUGUAUGACUGACGGAGUGGAAGACUUUGAAAAGAUCUAUGGACGGUCGGUUUACGUGCUGCAGCAAAGCCAUCGACAUCGGUUAGGUGGAUUCGAGAUCGUUAAACUUCAGCUGGAGAGAGAAGUCGUGUGCUAUGGGCCAAACUUGGCAGUCAAGGCAAGAUCCGUCAGUGACAGUAAUAUCAAACUCAAAACCAAAGAUACUAAAUACCAUUCGACGGCGCGCGGAACUCCUCUCUACGUCAAAAGUCCUGGAGGAUGGACGCUACUGGGGAUAUCCAACAAAAUUCAGACCGCCAUCCCUGGAACACUAUGUCAACCAGGAGACUACGAAUCGUUCCUGAAUGUUAACUUGGCUCCGGUCAGUGUAUGGUUCUCUAACGAGCGAGAAAACGACGGAAUCGAAAGCGUCGAAACAUCUACCGAGUAGAGUUCAACUACCUUUGUACGAGUAAUCGCCGAAGUCAUUCUCAUCAAUAAAAAACAGCACAACCAUCUCUUAACAUUCCUUUACCAUAGACACCAAUAAAUUAAAAUGAAUAGGAGAAAAAUCACCAUCA